GAUGGACCUCAGCAGACCACACCAACUGCCCCCCCAACCCAGUCAACACAUUUAACACCUCAACAGACACCACCCACUACAGUGCAUCACGAAAUGUGUAGGUCUUUUCCUGGUAUUUUUUCCCGAGGUUCUGCAAAGGGAAGAAAACGCUUUUUCUCUCCAUCCAGAGUGAUGUCCACAAGUGGCAAAAGUGUAACACUACAUUUUUUUCUGCUCAAUGAAAACACUGAUAAAACACCAAAAGCAGGCAUGGAGAUGACGCUUAUACUGGCUGGAAUGGGUAGACGUAGUAUAACAUUCCCUGAAUCUGCUGAUCACUUACAGAUUUCAGGACUUCUGACCAGCCACUACCCAAAACUUAACAACUUACAAGGGGGCUGGCUGCUUUAUAAAGCACUAGGAGGUUCGGGGCAGAGAAAACUUUCACUUAUACCUCCAGAGACUGAGGGUUACAAUGGCAACCUUCUGAAAUCUGUAACAGGAGGUGGGAAAAAUCUGAUCUACAUAAUGCCACUUCAGGAAAAACUUGAUAUGUCCCCUCUUCCUUUGGAUGCCAAAGAAUUUAAAGGCAUGCCCAAGGCAACAUGCAAAGUUUGUAGUGCUACCAUGCCACUGCAAGUCUUGGCUGUCCAUGUUAAAACCUGUGUUGACCUCAGAUCCUCUGGAGAGGAAUUUGAAAUUUCUAAUACGUCUCAUCAUGCGAUAAGUGAUGAUAAAGGUACUGCAGUUGCAUCCACAUUCAGGACAAACUACACAAAGAUCCUUGAAACUUCUGAAGGGACACCUAUGGCUGCCUGCCCUGUAUGUCAAGAAGAAUAUACACUGGACUUUUUACAGAUCCAUGCAAGCUGUUGUGGAGACAGUGUUGAGGAAGCACCUGUACCAGACCAGGUUCACAAAUCAACUGAACGUGGAGAAAAAAGUCUUGAUGAUGUGAUAAAAGAAAUCACAAAUGCAGUAUGAACUGAUGGAGUUACCUUUGAUAUUGCUGUGUCUCGCAAAAACUUGUUGGAAAGAGGCAUUGCGCAAUGGCAACGGCAAAAGAAAACAUCCCCAAACAACCCACUGAAAGUCACCUUCAUAGGGGAAGCUGGCAUUGACACAGGUGCCCUCCGUAAGGAAUUUUUGACAGAGAUGGUUUCAGGGAUUGAGAAACGCUUCUUUUUGAGGGGAGUUCAUGGCUGUGCACCCACGUAUUCCCUGUCAGAUUUGGACAAAGGUCAUUUCCGGACUGUUGGAGAAAUAAUGGCAGUGAGCUUGGUUCAAGCUGGACCAGCUCCAAACUUCCUGAUGCCUUGGUGCUAUAGAUUCUUGUGCACUGGUUCCCCGGACUUUGAAAGCAUGGACAGAAAUGAUGUGGUCGAUGAUUACUUCAUUGAUCUUAUAUCAAAGGUGAGGACACUAGGAUACCUGCUAAAAAGAAACUCCUAAAAAUUAAAAGGUAGUUUUAUAUGUAG